AUGUCUGCUUUGGGAAGUUUCGUUUUCAGUAUGAGAGUCAUAGUGCAAUCCUAUCCACUCGGUUAUACCAGUCCGCUUGUUGAUUGCCCUCCACUGAUCAAUGUGAAUAAAUACCAAGCACAUCCCUGCCUUCUCUUUUGGACACCGUCCUUUAACAAACACUAUCUUCCAAAUCCGAGGCACUCAUUUGCAAGGAUGGCACUAAAAGCGAAAGCAGGCUACCUAUCUUGGGCUUUUUGCCUGUUGCAAUUGGCGGUGGACUCGAUGGCCAAUGUACAAACUCCUUUUAACACCACCGUAGGGCCCUUUUCAACCAGCACCCUUGUCAAUUCACGACUGCCAGGCACCCACUCGUCUCCGGCAGGUUUUGUCUCGGCACUCGGGUCCAAGCACGGAUUCGUCUCAGCACUUGGGGACGGACAUCUCUACCUCAAUGGCGAGCUUUUCGACUUCAGGAGCUUCAAUUGCCCCACUCUGUUAGGCGGUGUAGAUUUUCAAGUACGUGACUAUGUAGAAACGAUUUCGGCAUUUGGGACCCCAGUGACCCGCACAUAUACGCUAUAUGUGGCCAACAACAUGUUCUCAGACGGCCAGCAGCCACCGUCCUCGUCACACAUUCUUGGGUGGGAUAGCUACACCAAUGAUUGGAUAUACAACGAAACCAAUUGGAGGAGUAUAGAUAAAGCGCUACAUCUAUCGCGCCAGCAUGGUGUCAGAGUUAUAAUCCCCAUUAUUAAUCAAGAUUAUGGGCCUGUCGACACCAACUGGGUUGGGAAUUUUAAUGAUUUGAUAAGACACAGGUACAAUAUCCAAAACUACACGGAUGCCCAACGGGCAGUGGAUUGGUUCACCGACCGCGAAAUGAUAGUGGGCUAUAAACAAAUAAUUACCUACUUCCUCAACCGCAUCAACACAUACAAUGGAAUCCGUAUCGGAGAUGACCAGACGAUCUUGGCAUUUGAGACGGGAAAUGAAAUGAAUUGGGGCAGGGAAAAUCAAACUAUUCACGACCGACCUGCCCCGGCAAACUGGACGAUUGAAAUCGCGAAGCACAUCAAGUCACUUGCUCCAAAGACUUUGGUAAUGGAUGGCAGCUACUCGCGGAACCCAGCAGCGGCGUGGGAAGACGAAGUGUUGGAUUGCCCUUAUGUAGACUUGUAUUCUUAUCAUUUUUAUGGUACGGGCGAUCUUCGGGCCUAUCCGAGCCUGGAGGAAAAGGUGCGGGCGCACGGAAAAACUUUCAUCGUCGGCGAACACGGCUUUUAUGACAAAGUUGAGGUGUAUGAGUCUUUUUACAAAAACGCUACUUGCGCCGGUGCCCUUGUUUGGUCACUUCGUCCACAUUCCGAAAAUGGCGGAUUUGUUACACACGGCGAAGGUAACAACAUCUUUAGUUACCACGCUCCGGGAUUUCGAAAUCAAACCUCAGAGAAAUUCGACACUCAGGAGGCUGACGUCAUCUCUAUGACAUAUGAUGCUAGCUAUCGCGUCCUUGAGCUAGAGCCACCACCCAAACCGGUACCUGGCCCCCCAGAAGCAUUCCUUGUUACCAAUGGCACGCAUGCCGGUCUGUCAUGGAGAGGCUCAGCUUGGGCGCAACAAUACCAAAUCUUUGGUGCCGUCCUUCAAAAUUUGCACUUUAAUCUUAUCUCGCAAGCCAUGCAAGAUAAUGUUGAAGCUGGCCAACUCUUCGUUCCACUCGACCCAUCAGACCCUACAAAACCAAUCACAAUCACUUUGCCUGAGUCUUUGCCUGAAAAAUCUCAUGCAGGUUACAUUGACACCAAGUGGUGUCUACCAGGAUCGCCAGCACCUUGCCCCAUCAACGUCAAUUUCGCAAAAAAAGAUGACGGCCCUCAAAAGCCGCUUUCUAAUCAGACCCAGCCCUCGAUCCUCUCCGAUCCAAUAGGUGCUGCUCAAGACAUUUACAGGCGUCUGCUUCCUAUGGGUCCACCUCUUCCAACGAUCCCACAACCUCAGGGCUCAUUUUCUGGCGGUUGGUUCUCCGUUCGCGCAAUUAGCGCCGAUGGGAUUCCCGGAGGUAUUUCUCAGUCUGUUUUCCUCAAUACAGAAUGGAAUGCAAAUCAAAAUCAUUGA